ACCCUCAUCUACAUGAUUGUUAUAUGAUACAUGGUUUCCUUUCUGAUGACACCACACUGAAACACUGAAUCAAAAACGAAACCAAGCAAUAAGGAUGUCAAACAAACGCAACUAGAGUCAGUGUUUAAGUCAGAGGACGUCCCGACUUGACACAGCCGGUUCGGUCAUGAGAAGCAAGCCAACAAGCAACCAAACAAAAAGUUGAAACUCUAGGCUACAAAAAGCACAUCCUUAGAGGACGUACGGAUAGAAAAUGGAGAACCGAAACAGAGGGGAAAGGGCAAGACCAAGACCAAACGCUGGGCAAAGAGGAGAGCUUGGAAAUAGACAGGCCAAUGGUGCACCAAAUUGGGAAAGACGAGGUGGUGGAGCUGGAAGAGGUGGAGGACGUGGCAGAGGAAGAGGUGGGGCAGGAAGGGGAGCAGCAAGAGGGCGUGGAGGAGGGCCCAUGAGAGAUGCCAUAUUCAACAGAGACGACCAUCAGGAGAACAGGAGGGCCGAGGGUCAGGCUCAGAGAGGAGGUGGGGGUGAUGAGGCCCAGAGAGGAAGAGGAGGGAGAAAUGGCGUCAGAGGCCGAUGGGCAGGGGCGGGCAGGGGCACUGGGAGAGACGGCACACCUCCGGUGCGAAAAAUAAGUUUAAAAUAUUUGGAGGAACUUAUGGAAAAGGAGGCUUCUGAGGUUGCCAUUACACUGUCCACCAACAGUGGUCUACAGGUUCUGCUGGAGGAGAGAACAAUGGGUCAUGAUCUGGUCCAGCUGCUUUGCGAGAUUUUAUGCAAAGCCUUCCAGUCUAAACAUGACCGCAAGACUGUCCAGCACUUGGCCAGAGUGAUAAAAGAUUCCGGGUUUAUGCGCACGAUACUGCCACAUUAUGUGACUGGAAUGAUGUCAGACCACCUCCCAGCUCGGCGAGAAAGAUACCCGCAGAAUUUGGACACCAUCAUAAGUCUGCUAAACAACGUGUUCAGCAUCUACCCCGCCAGUUCGGUCGGCGUGGUGUCCACCCUGGUGCUGCUCCUGAAGCCGGCCAUCAACCAGCUGCGAGCCUCGGGUCUGGACAUCCUGGAUGAGACCGAGGAGAGCCUGGACAAGGUCCAAGAGCUGGUGGGUCACCAGCAGCAGAAGGCCCGCGAAGGCACGCUGCGCUCGGACAACUACUCCUUCCUGGCGGCCGACGAGGACGCACCUCCGGGGGAGGAGGACUUCCGCACCAUGACCAUCUACCCCACGCCCGAGGAGUUCCACCAGGAUGAGAAGCCCUUUCUGAGGCCCAACAUCACGUCGCAGCGCUACCCUAGUGGUCACGUCUACCUGGACACACACUUCCGUCUGCUGCGGGAGGACUUUGUGCGGCCCCUGCGCGAGGGCAUCCGGCAGCUGCUCCAGACGCAGGCUGACCAGUCCCUGGAUGGCACGCCCAUGAAAAAGAGGCGUUUUGAUGACAUCCGGAUCUACUUUGACACCCGGCUGGUCGUCCCACUGUGCACUUCCACGGGCGUUGCCUACAAAGUGCAGUUUGACCCGCGUCCUCUUCAAUUUGUCCGCUGGCAGAAUUCCAAGCGGCUGAUCUACGGCUCUCUCGUCUGCCUGUCUAUGGACAACUUUGAUACCUUCCUAUUUGCCACGGUGACUGACCGGAAGGUGGAGGACCUCCAGCAGGGGCAGGUCCUUCUCAGCUUCUCUCGGGACAGCCGCCCAGCACUGGCCCGAGUGCAGCCCUCCGACUCUUUCCUGAUGGUGGAGACCACAGCAUACUUUGAGGCCUAUCGUUAUGUCUUAGAGGGCCUUCAAGAGCAACUGGUGGAAGACCUUCCCUUCCAGAGGUAUAUUGUAGAAUGCAACCCAGAUAUACAUCCCCCUGCCUAUCUUCGUACGGAGCCAAGGCAGUACAAUCUGUCCAGCAUCGCAGCUGAGGGCUUUAAGGACAGUGUGCAACCUUUCAACCCCCUGACCGCUGACGCGUGGCCCAGUGAGGAGCAGUUGGGGCUGGACGAAAGCCAGAUCAGAGCCCUCAAACUGGCCCUCACCAAGGAGCUGGCCAUCAUACAGGGACCACCAGGCACAGGAAAGACUCAUGUUGGACUGAAAAUUGCCCACGCCCUUCUGGAUAAUCAUGGAGCCUGGGGCUAUGGCUCUCCCAUGCUGGUAGUGUGCUACACUAAUCAUGCACUGGACCAGUUCCUGGAAGGAAUUCACAAGUUUUUGGAAAAGGGCAUUGUGCGGGUCGGAGGGCGAAGCAACAGCGAGGUGCUUAAGCGCUUCGCCCUCAGGGAGCUGACUCGCUCACCGCAAUUUCGCCGUGAACUUCCCCAGCAUCUCCGCCGUGCCUACUUUGAGAUCCAUAAGGAGCUGGCGGAAGCCGAGCAGCUGAUUAAAAGGCAGGCCGCCCAGCUGGAGUGCAGUCUGCGUGGAGUCAUCCACGAGCAGUUCCUGGAAAGGUACAUCUCCGAAGUGCACUGGGACAGCCUGUGUGUGCAGCCGCUUGCAGAUGGGUUCCAGAGUGUCGGCGAACGGCAAUCCAUGAUCCUGGAGUGGUUGGGCUUCGGAUCCACCCAUUUCCAGUACCGGCCCAACGGGAACCACGACGAGGAGGAGGAUGGCGUGGAGCCGGUGGACGUUGACCUGAUCGAGGUGGACGAGGAGGCCGAUCUGAUCCAGGCAGAGCGUGUCCUGGACGACGCCAUCCAUCGAGACCAGGACCGCGACCAGGAGCGAGAGCGCAAGAAGAGGAAGGACGAGGAGAACGUGGAGGAGCUGGCUCAUCUGAUGCUGGCCAUGAACGUGGGCAGGGCCCGGGCAGAGGAGGAGCAGCAGCCUCCAGGCCAGAGCCAAGCCGGGGAAGAGUGGGAGAUGCAAAAGCAGCAGAAGAGGAAGUUGAAGCAGACCAUGCGCGCCGAGCUGAAGAAGAGCUCGGCCAUGACCGAAGCCGAGGAGGCGAGAGUGACCAACAUCUGGACUCUUCCGCCAAAAGAGAAGUGGAAGCUGUACCGCCUGUGGAUCUACCGGUUCCAGACGGAGCAGCGCACGCGGGUCCUGCAGACCGAGCAAGUGUACCAGGACGCGGCCGAGCGGCUGGCCGAGAUCCGCAUGCGGGAGGACCUGUGCGUGCUGCGCGACGCCAAGGUCAUCGGCAUGACCACGACCGGGGCAGCCAAGUACAGGCAGGCCCUGCAGGAAGUGCGCCCCCGCCUGGUGAUCGUGGAGGAGGCGGCCGAGGUGCUGGAGGCCCACACCAUCACCACGCUCAGCAGGGCCUGUCAGCACCUCAUCCUCAUUGGGGACCACCAGCAGCUUAGACCCAGUGCCACGGUUUAUGAACUGGCCAGAAACUUCAAUCUGGAGGUGUCCAUGUUCGAGCGCCUUGUGACCGUAGACUUCCCUUACGUCCGCCUCAACUACCAGCACCGAAUGCGUCCUGAAAUCGCCCGUCUGCUCACUCCCCAUAUAUACUCGGAGCUUGAGAACCACCCCUCUGUGCUGGAUUAUGAGAAUGUUAAGGGGGUGCUUACCAACCUGUUCUUCGUGGAGCAUCAGGCGCCAGAAGAGGAGAUCAAGGAUGGCCGCAGCCACCAGAACAUGCACGAGGCCACUUUUGUGGUGGCGCUGUGCCGCUAUCUGCUCCACCAGGGAUACCAGCCCUCGCAGAUCACCAUCCUCACCACGUACACAGGCCAGCUCUACUGCCUGCGCAAACUCAUGCCCUCCAAGGAGUUCGCCGGGGUCAAAGUGCACGUGGUGGACAAGUACCAGGGCGAGGAGAACGACAUUGUCAUCCUGUCGUUGGUGAGGAGCAACCGGGAGGGGCGCGUGGGUUUCCUACAGAUCCCCAACCGCGUGUGCGUGGCGCUGUCGCGUGCCAAGCAGGGCCUGUACUGCCUGGGCGACAUGGGCAUGUUGAGCCGGGUCAAGCUGUGGAGCGCCAUCCUGCACACGCUGCGCGAGCACGGGCAGGUGGGGCGGGCGCUGGCGCUGAGCUGCCAGAACCACCCGGAGCGCCGCACGGCGGUGGCGUCGGCGGCCGACUUCGCCGGCGUGCCCGAGGGCGGCUGCAGCCAGCCGUGCGAGUUCCGGCUGGCGUGCGGCCACGUGUGCACGCGCGCCUGCCACCCGUACGACGCCGAGCACAAGGAGUUCCUCUGCGUCAAGGAAUGCCCGCGGGUGCUGUGCGAGCUCGGCCACCGCUGCCCACGCCUCUGCCACCAGAAGUGCGGCAAGUGCAGCCUGCCCGUCAAGAAGGUGAUCCCGCACUGCCAGCACGAGCAGAUGGUGCCCUGCCAUGAAGACGCCUGCCACUUCGUCUGCCAGGUGCCCUGCGAGAAAGCCCUUAAGUGUGGUCACGUGUGUGACGCCAAAUGCGGGGAGCCGUGCACGGACCGCUGUAUGGUGAAGGUCACCAUGACGCUCAAGUGCGGUCACACCCAGAAAGUGCACUGUUAUCAGGUGAGAGAGCCAGAGGAGCCGACCUGCCAGACCAAGUGCGGCACCACGCUCAAAUGCGGCCACCCGUGCCCGGGCACCUGCCAUGGGUGCAAGCGCGGGCGCCUCCACCGUCCGUGCAACAAGAAGUGCCAGCACGUGCUGGUGUGCUCGCACCAGUGCCACGAGCCGUGCACGCGCGACUGCCCGCCCUGCAGCCGGCCCUGCCAGAACCGCUGCGUUCACAGCGCCUGCCGCAGGUCAUGCGGGCAGCCUUGCGCCCCUUGUGCUGAGCCCUGUACGUGGAGUUGCCCGCACCGCCGCUGUGGCAAGCUCUGCCACGAGCCUUGUGACCGAGAGCCCUGCGACGAGCCCUGCGAUAAGCGCCUGCCCUGCGGCCACCCUUGCAUCGGCCUUUGCGGCGACCCGUGCCCCAGCAAGUGCCGCGUGUGCCACCGCGACGAGGUGUCCGAGAUCUUCUUCGGUACGGAGGACGAGCCCGGCGCUCGCUUCGUCCAGCUGGAGCACUGCAAGCACCUGUUCGAGGUGUCCUCCAUGGACACCUACAUGGCCCAGGACGAGGACCAGAAGGCCGGCUUGGACCAGCUGGUCAUCAAGCUGAAGGAGUGCCCCAAGUGCCGCGCGCCCAUUCGCAGGAACCUGCGCUACGGGGCUCACAUCAACCGCAGUCUGGCCCAAAUCGAGCAGGUCAAGGAGAAGAUCAACGGGAAUCCGAAUGACAUUAAGCAGAAGCAGAACGCCCUCAAAACCCUCCUGAGAGAACAGGACAACCUGAGAGACUUCCUCCAGGCGGAGUAUGGGCAGGUCCGAGACAAGCUGGACAAGUCCAUCCUCUCCCUGCGGGAACUGUGCCACCAGGAGAACCUCAUCAUGUUCCUGGAGCGCCUGGGGAAGCUGCUGAAGACCCAGAAAGAGCGCAUGUCCGGCGUGCCGGCCGAAGUCUUCUCCGUGCGUCUGGGCCAGUGCCUGCGGUUCCUGGAGGGCCACGGUCAGCGCUUCUCCGAGCAGCAGGUCUGGGAUCUGGAGCGCGAGCUGCAGAGGCUCUCCUACCUGGCCGAGCUCAAUAGCCGCUGUGGGAAGACCAGUCUGAUGAUGCUGGGUGUCCGGGUGAACGAGGAGGUGGACGCCCUCAGGCAGGUGCUGGAAGACACACGCCCGUUCACGGAGGCGGAUGAGCAUCGGGUCAAGCAGGCGCUGGCUGACCUGGACGCCAAGCUGCCCCGUAGCGGGCUGGGCAUCGACGAUCAGGAGAGGGUGAUGAUCGUCAAAGCUAUGGGUCUGCCCCAAGGCCACUGGUAUAAGUGUCCUAACGGUCAUGUCUAUGCUAUUGGAGACUGCGGGGGAGCCACGGAAAGUCGGAGGUGCCCAGAUUGCAAUGCCGUGAUCGGGGGUGCCAACCACAACCUUACAGCUGGUAACGAGGUAGCAUCUGAGAUGGAUGGCGCUCGACAUGCUGCGUGGUCUGACGCUGCAAACUUGUUAAACUUCCGCCUUGAUGACCUGUGAGUGAUUUCAUCACUUUGUCAGCUUGUGAAAUAUCAUUGAUUCAUGUGUGUUUUUUAAAAACUGCUUUUAUUGUUUUCAAUUUCAACAUUUUUCCAUAUUAGUGUGAUCUCAGUAUGAAUUGUGACAUGCAUUAAUACUUAUUAUGCAGGGCUAUGAAUGUAGAAUGAUUUGAUAUCUGUAAAAUGAAUGCACAGUGAUUUUACCUUUAAAUAAAGAUUUUAAAUAUAUUUUAUUUCAUGCUGGAAAACUACCUGAAAAUGAUUAUAAUGAUAUAUUAUGAAUUACGAACUGUACUCCUGUCCAUAUACACUGGAACUCCAUGUGAACCAAACAAUGUAGAUUUUUCAUGACUUGGUUAAUAAAAAAAAUAUUAUAUUUUAAACA